UCGGAAUUUCAACUCGACUAUUCUGAGUGUUACCUGUGAUUUAAUGAAGUAAUUCUCGGUAGUGCCCAAUCAUUUGUGAUCAUGAAUAUUUUUUUUUUGUGGAUUGUUGUCUGGCGUCCCUCGCCACGUUGUCGCAAAUUUCUCUGGGGUCGUGAGUACCUAUUUGCAUCAAGGGAACUCUAAGGUAGUGCGCCGGAUUAGUCUCAAUUUGGCAUUUCUAUUUAAAAACAAUCCAACUCAUGUGAUUUCAUGUUAUCUUAUUGGACCGAUUUAUGAGAGUCAAUUUGAUAAUGCGGAUUUUUAUUGACAUACUCGACCAGAUGAUUUAUUUAACUUGCAAUUGACAAUCGACUGGUGGUGUUCUAAUUUAAGGAAGCUCGGUUUACCGAUUGCUAUGUUGUUGAAGGUAUACAAGUUUUGGCAAAUGUGAUAUCCAAUUAUUCGAGUGGGAACAUCAGCAAUGGGAAAUGUUUAUAUCAAAUCAGGGGGGCUGUGUCCAGUCGUGAGGACAUGUUGAACUUUAAGACAAAAUUAUGCUAUACAACUGGAAUUGCGCGGUUGGGCGGUAGGUCAGAUUCAGCACAACAAACUAUGCUUAGUGCGAGCUCUGAUUUCACAAAUCUGCCCAUUCAACCAUUCAGACUAAAUUUAUAAGAAAUUUUAAGAAGCUAAUGGGAACUGGCCAUUGGAGAAUGGUGCUAAUUUUGAACUAAAUUAAUGGGUCAACAAAGACUCAGACUGGUGUAAUCAUCGUUGUAUCUCUUCCGUCACCCGACAAAGAUUGUUAUAGUCACUGAUGCCUUAUAAAUUUCCAUUCCAAGGUACCCCUUCUUAAGUGAAACCACACUCAGGUCCGAAACUGUGGUGCUAGCAUCCGAGGCCAGAUAUGAGAUCAGUUGUGACUUGUGACUGAGAGGUCAAUGGUCAUUAGCAUUGAAAUUCCAUGUUCAAUAGAUCAUGUCAACAGAAACGGAUGAAACAACCUUGGAUGCGACUGGGAAUAGUCUGACUUGAAUUGUUGCAUGUUACUGAUUUAUCAUCUGAAUUCAUUAAUUUCAGCAUGUCCCUCCAAAACUUGCAGGUCCAUACUGGUGCAUUGUUCGCGGUUCCGCUGAGCUGAGGGCUUGCUGGGCCAGCGCUCUCCAAUCCGAUGGGGACCGGAUGGCGGAUAGCAUUCGUGAUCGGCCGGCCGGGGGCACCAUGUGGCGUCCCCAGCGCCGCUGGCUGGCCGCCGUCGGCGCCCUGCUGACACUGGUGCUGCUGGUGCACCAGCUGCUGGGGCCACCCUGCCUCACCAGUGAUGACAGAGUGGUGCAGAUCCUGCCGUCGGCACCAAUCAACCCGAUCCUGCUGGGUGGCUCGCCGGUGGACCGCACACUGCCGCUGAUCUUCAUUGGCGGUAUGCCGCGCUCGGGCACCACGCUGGCGCGCGCCAUGCUCGACGCCCACCCGAUGGUGCGCUGCGGCGAGGAGACGCGCGUCAUCCCGCGCGUACUCAGCAUGUACUCCCACUGGAAAAAGUCGGCCAAGGAGAGUGUGCGACUGGAGGAGGCCGGCCUCAAUGACGAGGUGCUGAACUCCGCCAUAUCGUCAUUUAUCCUGGAGGUGAUUGUGAAGCACGGGGAGCCGGCGCCGCGGCUCUGCAACAAGGACCCGUUCACCAUCAAAUCGGCCACCUAUCUGCACCGGCUGUUCCCGCGAGCCAAGUUUGUGUUCAUGGUGCGGGACGGCCGGGCCACGGUGCACUCCAUCAUAUCGAGACACGUAACCAUCACGGGGUUCGACCUGAAGAGCUACCGGCAGUGCAUGCAGCGCUGGAACGCGGCUAUGGAGACGAUGAACCGCCAGUGCCUGGAGCUGGGGCCGCGCUGGUGUCUGCGGGUGCCCUACGAGCAGCUGGUGCUACACCCGCGGCUCUGGAUGCAGCGCAUGCUCCAGUUUCUGGAGAUUCCUUGGAACGAGACGGUGCUGCACCACGAGCAGGCCAUCAACAAACCGGGCGGCGUGUCGCUCUCCAAGACGGAGCGCUCCUCUGACCAGGUGAUCAAGCCGGUGAACCUGGACGCGCUCUCCAAGUGGGUCGGCCAGAUCCCGUCGGAUGUGGUGCGCGACAUGGCCGAGCUGGCGCCCAUGCUGCGCGUGCUGGGCUACGACCCGGAGGCCAACCCGCCCGCCUACGGCCAGCCGGACCCGGAGGUGGACCGCAACACGCGACAGGUGCGCCGGGACAGCGCCGACUGGCAGCGCCGCGCCCAGACGCUGCUCGGCGCCGAGUGACCGGCGCGCCGGAACAGGAGGGGGGGGGGGGGGGUAGGAUAGGCGGCCGCAGAAUGCCUGUUGUCGGGCGCAGGCUGCUGGUGACCAUUCAGGCGGCGGUGAACAGAGGAAUAAUGUCGCUGCGUGAUGCGGUCCGCGCGGCGGGGUGUGGGUGGCGUCCGUGUGGCGAACCUGGGCUUUCAGGGCGCGCCCGAGGGUCGGGGACCUCAGGACGGGCGGAGCGGGCUCCGGGGCGGGGUCCCACUGCCCUCACUGGGGUCGGGCCGCUCUGUCCGCCUCUCUGCUCCGCCCGCGUGUGUGUCUGUGUGCCUCUCUGCGUGUACACUAAGCUAUGGCCAGUACUAUCCCAGGAUCGGAGGUCUAUUUGUGCCGUUUAACGCGUUUUUGUCGUUACGUUGGCAGUUGCAGUGGGCUCACAUGUGUUGAAUCGUGACAUUGUCUCGCUGGCUGAUCCCCCGGUGCCAUAUUUUAUGUCAGCUGACCGCGCCGUGUGCCGGUCAGAGCACGGUGCACAAUCCGACCACCGGUCACGGGUAUUGUUCUGCUACUGUCCCCCAGUGUCGCUCACGUGAUAUCGCAGGCCCGCCGUCCCGAGCUCAUCCCGCCGCCGCGGGCUGGCGGGGCCGGGGCUGGGCGCGUUUGUUCUUGGUUUUACAGGGGCACCCGUAGCCGUCGGCGGGAAUCGUGUUCAUUUUGAGCAUCUAGUCGAUCUUGCAUAGUCAGCAACAGUCAUCCGUUGUACGGAAUCGAGAGCUAUAGCGCGUCUGUAUUCCAUAGUCGGUGCCGAAUGGAAUAAAGCGCCGAUGCUAUGCGCUGUAUUUGUUGUUUUAGCGCGCGUUACCAGCAGCUAGUGGUUUGCUAACAUGGCACCGGUGUUUGUUUUUAACAGUCCACACUGCAUCUAUCAACAUAAACCGUGAUAUGUAUCCUUUCUUUCUGUCCUAUUCUGUCGCCCAGACAGGUAUCAGUGAACGGUUUCUUUUCUUAUCGGAAAUAGUGGAAAGAUAGCUAAGCUGUAGCCUUACCCGCCGCCUCGCUCGCCUGCAGCAUGCCUGCGCUGCACAUUCGUCUGCUAUUUCUUGGUUCCCGACUUGCCCAAGUCGUGUGCCUGCCCUGUAAUGUUCGCGUGUGACAAUAUUUCGUCGUGUGCCUGCUCUGUGGUGCCCGUGUGUGACAUUAUUUCGUGUGCAGCCUGUUUACUGUCGCUCGUGGCUCGCACCCGUAUGCUCGCUGCCGCCCACUGACCGUUGCCAUGACUACCACCACCUGUUGCGUGGUGCCUCCCUGCCUGCCGUAUUGGCAGCUCGUAUGUUCAGCCCCGCUGUAGCUCCGUGCCACCCGCAUGCUCUGUCUUCGGACGGGCGGGUCCGCCGACACUGACCGAUCGCUGUCCGUUUACAGAGUAGCUGACGGCACGGCCCGCCGCCGGCCCGGCGCCGCGGCCCCUCCCGCCUGCAGCCCGCCCGCCCGCCCGCCUGCCCGCCAGCGCGCGUUUGCACGUACCUGCCUGCGAAUUGAGGGGAGGCCUGCCGCGUCCGAGUGCUUAAACCACGCCUCUAAUUUAAAUGACAAGCCAAGAGUGGUCUGUUUUAGUGCAUGUUUGACUCGUUUGCCCGUCAUGAGUGCGUCUGACGACGUCCAAAUGUCCGUCCCUGAUCCGGAAUGGCCGGCACGGACGCAUUGUUGGGUCCCGUGGCCAGCCCCCGGGGGGAAGGGGGCAGGGGGGUGCAUGUGUGACGCCGCCGCGGCCGGGAUCGAGAUAAGCCGUUGAUGAGCUGUGCACAACUGGUAUGCCAGCUUCUCGCCAAGUACCGUGACUGUGUUUUGCAGCUGAAAGCAUGACGGAAUGCAAGCUGAGGCGCUCCAACCUGCUCAGGCUAGUCUACGCUGCACUUUGUUUUCGUUAUUGGUGCUAUGUUUGGUUGUUACGCUUUUAUUGCUUGAAGUAUUAGAACUAGAGCUUAUUUAUUUGUUAUAGUUGACUGAUUGCGCCUUCUGAUUCUGCCACUGUGGCAGCAGCUGUCCAGGUUGCGUUUAAAUACUCACAAUUUGUUCACCGUAACCCGUGAAUGUAUUUUCAUUGGCCAGGACACGGUUUGGUGUCAGCAAAUGCACUUUACUCGCGA